AUGAAAGACGGUGGCGGAUCGGCUGCCGGCGAGCUUGACAUGGGCACCGGAAAAGCGGCGCUGAACCUUUUUGACAUCCGCCAAAAUGGCAGCUUCACCAGCUUAUUCGAAGCCGCACUUUCCACCUAUCUCCAGCAGGUGCGAGAACCCGAUGAAUUGGUUAAUAAUGGAACGUCCCAAAUGUCAACGACUGCCUUUGUUGGAAUGGAGGCCGACUGCGAAAAAGUGGCAUCACUCGCCAUCGCCACCCGAGUUCCAAUAAUUUCCUAUGUCUGCGAUGGAAAUCUGGGAGAAGGGGAUGCCGUCAACGACUUUACCAUCCAAACCGCAACGAAUCCGUACGCGAAAUACCGUGCCCUCACCUCCUACCUGAAGUUUAUGAACUGGACUACGGUCGUCAUCGUUGCCGACAUCUCCGACAGCACCUCAAUAAAAUAUUUGAUUAUGGCCUUGUCCAGGCUAAAUUUCAUGUUCGCUGGGGAUCAUAUGGUAAUCAUCAUGUCCGAGGGGUUGAAAUAUUCGUUGCUUGGCAACUUUCUAGAUUACUGGAGUGACAUUUCUGGAACUUACUACCUGCCAAAAGUUGAUAUUGUCAAUACGCUGCGCGGCGUCAUCUUCCUCACCGACCUGGAGACGGUCACUGAUGAUACGUAUAUGCGUUUCCCGAACUUCACGGCAGCGCUGAAAGACCUGGUGCUGAACAAGCCGCUCCCCUGCCCGCCGUUUUGCAAUUAUGUGGUGAACGCCACGGAGUUCUACGGGACCGAGGGUGCUGAACGAUUUGUUGAUGGAAACCAAUACAAAGACAUUUCAAUCGAAGUGAUUAGCGCUUAUCAUUCUGGGAAGCUGUUGGCCGAGACGUUGACGCGGGUCGGUCAGGUAUCUGAUGGAAGGGCAUUGGCAGCUGCGCUAAGAAAUUCGACCUUUGAAGGCCUGAUGGACUAUCGCGGCACCUUCGACAAGUACGGCGUACUCCGCAAGGCCUACAACCUUUACACCACCACCGCGCCACACAUCGCAAGCUCCAGCUACUCUCCGAUCCAAGUACUCGCCACGCAACGCGGUCGCAUCGUGCCCGAUCUGGCGGAUGCCUGGAGGGUUGAACAGGAUCCAGUCGCAGAUUGGAACUUACCUGGCGGCCCCACCUGGCCGGCUGCUGUGCCAAAAUGUGGAUUUGAAAAUGAGAAGUGCCCACAGGCUUUGCAACUGUUCAGUCAAACUGAGGUGAUCCUCAUUGCUGCCUCUGGAGCUGCCGCACUGGUGAUGUUGAUUGUUAUCGCCAUUAUCAUAAGAUGGAUAAUGUACGAGCGUCGACUUGAGUCCUGCUACUGGCUGAUCGAUCGGGGACAAGUCAUACUUCUUGAGCACUCUUUCGCUGCCAGCAUUGGACGUUCGAACAUGAAGAGUGCUGCCAGUUUCCAAUCAAGCGGUGGCCUGCAAGACCUCGAACAACAUGGUCCAUCGCUGGGUACCUUGCAGUUCUAUGAACAAAAUUUGCGGGAGGAGCGCCGGAAUCAUGCCCGCCCAAGAAAUCCGAAGAAGAAAACGGCCUUUUCCACAGAAGAGGAUGAUCGUUGGUACGAGAUUAUCGGGUGGAAGCUGGCCAAGUUUGAUGGGCAACUGGUUACGGUCCGGAGGAUCGAAAAGCAAACACUGAAGCUGACGCGUGAGAUGAAACUUGAGUUGGAUCAACUGAUGCACAUCAACUGCGAGAACCUUAACAAGGUCUAUGGUCUCAUCAACGAUCGCUCUCACAUUUUCACCAUCCAUGCAUUUGGCCCUCGAAUGGCACUUGACGAUCUGCUGCGUAAUCCGGCGCUUCGGCUUGAUCGCAUGUUCAAAGUUUCAUUUGUGGAGGAUGUGAUGAGGGGCCUAACCUAUCUACACAACAAAUCGAAAAUCGGCUGCCAUGGAAACCUAAAAAGCACUAACUGCGUGGUUGAUGCUUAUUGGCGAAUCCGACUCAGCAACUUUGGCAUGUUCCAUUUAAGAGAAGGCGAACCGACUGCGAAGCCGGACGCUCUUCUCUGGGCUGCUCCCGAACUUCUACGCAGUGGCAUGAACAAGCUGGAAAUGGGACCUCAAGCGCUGGCCAAAGCCGACCUCUACUCAUUCUCCAUCGUACUCUACGAGAUUUUUGGCCGCCUAGGACCCUGGGGAGACGAAAUGUUGGAUUCGAUCGAAAUUAUUGAACAGCUGAAGUUCCCUCGCGACAACGAGCCGGCGCGCCCUGAUCUGAAUAUCAUUUCCAAGGCACCACAACAGAUUUUGGACACGAUUAAAUGCUGCUGGGCUGAAAAUCCUGAAGACCGUCCCGGCAUCAAGAAAGUUCGAGGAAAACUGCGUGUCCUUAGUAAAGGAAUGCGUUCGAACAUUGCCGACAACAUCAUGGCCCUCUUGGAUCGGUACCGCUUCAAUCUGGAAGACGUCAUCAAGGAGCGCACCGAAGAGCUAUCAGAUGAGAAGCGAAGAAAUGAACAGCUUUUGCUGCAAUUGUUGCCAAGCAUCUACUUUUCGGAUAUUGUCGGAUUCACGUCGCUUUCAUCGAAAAGUACUCCGCUACAGAUUGUGGACAUGUUGAAUGAUUUAUACACACAGUUCGACACGAUUAUUGAUAUGUUUGAUUGCUAUAAGGUCGAGACGAUUGGUGAUGCUUACAUGUUCGUUUCUGGGCUGCCAUUGCUUAAUGGUGAUUUGCACGCUGGUGAGGUGGCUGGAGCGGCUUUUGAACUCCUUGAACGAAUCAAGAUUUUCACCGUUAAGCACUAUCCGGAAGAGAAACUACGGCUUCGUAUCGGGAUUCACACCGGCCCAGUACUGACCGGUGUUGUUGGAGUUCGUAUGCCGCGCUACUGUCUUUUUGGAGAUACUGUAAUCACCGCCAGCAAUAUGGAAAGCUCUGGAGAACCAAUGAAAAUCCAAAUCUCGGAGCCAACCUUCAAAGUAUUGGACCGAUUGGCUGGGUACAACAUCAUUCCCCGAGGCGUUUUUGAAUUAAAGAACAAAGUCCAAAUGAAAACUUAUUGGCUGCUGGAUUACGACCGAAAAAUGCGGAACGCCCGUGUCGCCGAAUCCAUCGAAAAUCACCCCCAUUUGAAGAAGCUGGGCGCACAC